CACGGAGGUCGUCACAUACACAGAGGGACCCACGGGCAGGCCACCUGCACUUCUGACUCUCUCUGCUUCCCUGUCUUGGACCAGUCUCUUCCCCAACCCAAGAGCCCCCGGAGGCCUGGAGGCAGGAGCCAACAUGAAGAAGCUGAUGGUGGCGCUGGUGCUGAUGGCUACAGGUCUACUCUCUGACUCGGACCCUCUCCUGUCAGCCUGGGCCCAGGAGCAGAACAAGGUGGUGCAGGGCGAACCCUGUGAGAAUUCUCACCCCUACCAAGCUGCCCUCUACACCGCGGGCCACUUGCUCUGUGGCGGAGUCCUCAUCCACCGCGAAUGGGUCCUCACCGCUGCCCACUGCAGGAAACAGAAUCUUCAGGUAUACUUGGGGAAGCACAACCUUCGGCAAAGGGAGAGCUUUCAGGAGCAGAGCUCUGUUGUUCAGGCUGUGACCCACCCUGGCUACGAUCCUGCCACCCACGAUCAGGACAUCAUGCUCUUGCACCUGGCACGCCCAGCCAGAUUAUCUGAACACAUCCAGCCCCUUCCCCUGGAGAGGGACUGCUCAGCUAGCCACACCAGCUGCCACAUCCUGGGCUGGGGCAAGACAGCAGACGGUAUCUUCCCUGACACCAUCCAGUGUGCUCGCGUCCACCUCGUGCCCCGUGAGAAAUGUGAGCUCGCCUACCCCGGCCAAAUCACCCAGAACAUGGUGUGUGCCGGAGAUGAGAAACACGGGAAGGAUUCCUGCCAGGGUGAUUCUGGGGGUCCGCUUGUGUGUGGAGACCGCCUCCGUGGCCUUGUCUCAUGGGGUAACAUCCCCUGUGGCUCAAAAGAGAAGCCAGGAGUCUACACUAAUGUCUGCAGAUACUUCAGCUGGAUCAGGAGAACCAUUCAGUCCAAAGGAUCCUGACAUGCGACGCCCAGCUCUUGACCUACGUCCUCACUGGCUGGCUCCAGAACGUCUCUCACCAACACCUGCCUUCCCUCCCCUGCUGCCCGGACCUCACCCUGAUGCUUAAUAAAGGCAGUGAC